AUGGUUAGCAGAGCAGCUUUGUUAAUAUUUGGCGGUUGUUCUUAUGCCAAAGAAAAAGGAGCUUUGAACUCAAUAGAAGCUGUUUCAGUACAAAUCGACAGUACUGGGUAUAAAAUCGCAGAAAAUAAAUGCUUUAUCGUGUUUAUUUCAGAAAACCCAUUGUUCAAAGUGAACUUUGCGGGACUUUGAAGAGCCCACGAAGGUCGCCAAGUGUUUUUCAUCACGAAUAUCGAGGAAUUUUAAUUUGUGGAGGUUCAGACUCAUUUUUGAACUUUUUCCAAAAUUUCCAAGGUUGCAGCGGCGAAGGACAGCAUCUGGAUUCGAUGGAAGUUUUGAAAGUGGAAAAUAAAAAUUGCGAGUCGAAAGAAAUCACUGCAAAACUGGUGGCUGAGAACAGUUGCGCGGCUUUUUCGCAUUUUAAAGUUGGUACUUUUUUUUUGGUUCGAAGGGCGUUUUCAGAAUAUUUUUGGAAUGUUUAGAAUAACUCGAUGUGAAAUGGAAUAAUUCUCAAAAAAAUUUUUAAGGUGGAUCUUUAAAUUUCUGUUUUGUUAUAGGAAAAAUUGUUUGCUUUUUACAAAUUUUUUUGUAAAAAUAAAUUUCUAGGUAAUUUUAAAAUGACCGAAGUUUUAUCGUUUUGAAGACAUAAUUUAGCAGUUAAUUAAUGGAAAAAAAUAUUUAAAUAAAAUUAUUCCAGAACAAAAGGUUGAUUUUCGGCGGGUUUAAUGGAUUCGAUUGUCUCACUUUAGUACAAAUAAUACACGGAGGUUCUGAAAAAGAAGAUUUGAAGGUUGGUCUGAGAUUUUCCAAUGGGAAAAGAUUUUUUGAAAGGUUCAAUUGCUUAAAGGGUCACUUCCACGACUGAAGAACGCCGUUUGUUGCAACAUUGACGAGGAAUAUUUCCUUUUGGUCGGAGGCUGGGAAGAUGAAAAGAGGACGUCCGCGGGUGUCAGGAGGUCCGGAGAAAAUUAUUCUGAAGAAGAAAAAAAAAUCGUUUUAGAGUCGAUUUCGAUGAAGAUUUUACGGAAGUUCGAAACGAAUUUUUGACUUCUUUGCCUUAUCCCGUUGAAGGUUUUUUCCCCUUUCUAUCAAAAAAAUUUUUGAGAAGGAAAUAUGCUAUGUUCAAAGUGAUUUCCGCAAAAUGCAAAAUUAUAACUGAUGGAUGGCUGGCUUGAGCCAUCGAAAAAUGGGUCCUGACACGAUCGGAAAACAGAAAGUAUGUGGUUUAUGGAGAUCGCAUACAGGCCACGCCUCUUUGAGUCCCAAGCUAGCCGUGAUUCAACUAUAUCUCUGAAUCUCCGAAAUUUAGUUAUCUUUUUAUUUUUAUGACGCCUAUUUUGAGUUUACCGAAAUGACUUUGAACGCGACAUUAUAUUCCACUAUAGGAAUUUUAUCCAUAUCUUAUCCCAAGUUACUGUUUUUUUGACUUUUCAAAGACUCGAUAACUACAAGAUUUUCAAUUCAAUGAACGUGAUAACUAUAAAAAUAAAUAUACCUUUUUCUAGUUUAAAAUUUUUUGGUUUUUUGAAAUUAUUUUCUUAAAAAAAACUGUUUCUAUUUGGGAGAGCAGUUUUUAAUUUUCUCAGUUUCAUAAUUUUCAAUUUUUCAGGCCAUUCUGUCGUCAAAAAAGGCCGGAAAUUGUUUGUGAUCGGCGGAUAUGACGGUAUUCGUGUCCAAGACAAAAUCGUCGUUUUCGACCUGGAAAGUAGGAAAAGUGAGGUCGGUUAUAUACCUUGAGUUCAUUUAUAAUAAUUUAACUUUCUUCGAAAAAAGCGUAGAAAUGAAUAAUUGUCAGAGAACACAUAUUUUCCCAACAUCUCCCUACAUCUAUUUCGUGAAUUUUUAGUACUUGUGUGUGAGAAAUGAAACAUUUUGAUAUAACGAUUUUCUUUAUUUAAUUUUUUGUUUAUGCUUCCCGAAAACAAUUGCUUUACCACUAAAUUUUUUUUGCAACUCGUAAAAUUUACAAAAGGAAACGUAAUCCGGAGUUUUUUUUCUAAACUUCAUACAUUAUUCGAGCCUUAAAACCUAGAAAACCGAACUUUUCACAUUGAAAAUGUUCGAAAAUUGUAGAUUCUUGACACGAAACUGACGAUUCCACGAGAAAAUCACGUUUCUGGCAUUAUUGGCGAGAAAUAUUUGGUCGUGGCUGGCGGUUGGGAUUCCAGGAAUUCCCUUGAUUCUGUUGAGGUUUUGAAGUUCCAAAUAAAAUGGUCGCGCGUAGAAUGGCUCGAAGCGUUGCGGUGGAAAUUUUUAGAAAUAGCUAAUUUUUUUGAUGUACCAAUCAAAGUCUAUAAAAGUAGCAACCUGCCCAAUUUUAUACUUUUCAAGAAAGGCCUCGAAAUUUGGUUAAAUUAUGACGUUUUGAGCCUUUGACCUUCUUUUCCUGGAAAUUAGAUUUUUUUUUAAAAAUAAUGGCUUUUGAAAAAAAUUCUUUUUUUCGAGUUAUUUCGGCAUGUAGUUUUCAAAAUUGGCCGAAUAUUUCUUUGAUGAACCAAAGGGUCUAUAAAUUUAUCAACUUGCUCAAAUGUAUAUUUCGAAGUCAAAUAAAAAAUCAAAAUGUUGUAAAAAGAGGCCAUUUUGAGACAAGAUUUCCUUUUCCAAAAUUGAGAAAAUUUAGACAGGUUCACCGUUUCAGAAUCUCUAUUUGGUACAUAAAAAUUAUUAUGGCCAUUUCUUUCCGAUCCUGAUUCCAAACUGAAUUAAAUUCCUAUGUAAAAAUGGUUCUAAUGGGUUUUCGAUGCCACCCCGCGCAAGUAGUUUUUUUGGUCGGGUGCUGUUAAAAAACGUGUUAAGUUUCUCCACGUGCGACCAUUAGCUUUCAAUUCGUGGAAAAAUUGAAAAUUUAAUUUUUGCAGCUUCUCGAAAUUAUUGAAGAAACCCCGUUUCUUCUGAAAAAUUGGAGAUUUUCAACUGAAAGUGGCGAGAAAUCGGCCAGCCGCUUCGAUUUUUUUGAUGAUUUUUUUAUUGAAUUUUUAUAUAUUUUUUUUAUAGAAUUUGGUGCUUUCUUUCAUUCAUCUCUAACUAGACUUUAAUUCUCUCAUUUUUUUAUAUGCUAUUUCGCUAAUUUUCCAAAUAAUAAUUUAAUUUUUAGCUUUAGCCAGUGGUACUAUAUACGUGUGAAUUUUAAUAAAAGAUUUUUUUUCUGGUGAAAAUUUGUUUCUUUCUAAAUCGUUUCUGUCGAUCCAAAUUAUUUUCCCUCUUUUUUUCGCUUCUUUUUUUCCAGAAAUACUCUUUCAAUCCAGAUGCGUCUGGGGUUGA